CGCAAUGCUUUUCCACCUCAUUAUAAGGAUAUAUCAAAUACGAAUCUUCCCGCCGAGUUACUCCCAAAGUUCACCACUAUAGAAUACACUCUUCCGAGAGGUGCCCAGGUGCCCCCAAUCUUUUUAUUCGUCGUGGAUACUUGUGUCGAAGAUGAAGACUUGAAAGCCAUGAAGGAUUCACUUGUUGUCAGUUUGAGUUUAUUACCUCCACACGCGCUAGUUGGAUUGAUUACCUUUGGUACUAUGACUCAAGUUCAUGAAUUAGGUUAUAGCGAAUGUCCCAAAAGUUAUGUAUUCCGCGGUACAAAAGAAUACACAUCGAAGCAAAUUCAGGAUAUGCUUGGUCUCGCUGCUCCCACUAUUCGCCCUCAAAUAGCAAGACCUGGGCAGCAAGCUUCAACUCAGAAUCUUGGUGCUAAUAGAUUCCUUCUCCCGAUACAACGAUGUGAAUUUACCUUGACUUCAAUUCUCGAACAGCUGCAACGAGAUCCGUGGCCAGUUGCAAACGAUAAGCGUCCGCGAAGAUGUACCGGCGUUGCCAUGAGUGUGGCCAUUGGUUUGAUGGAGAGCACUUACCCAAACACAGGAUGUCGCAUAAUGCUCUUUUGCGGGGGACCUGCGACUGAGGGGCCUGGUAUGGUUGUCGGGAUUGAAUUAAAAGAGCCAAUUAGGUCUCACCAUGACAUUGAGAGAGACAAUAUUAAAUAUUAUAAGAGAUCCGUAAAGUUCUACGAUGCUCUCGCUAAGCGUGCUGCAACUAACGGCCAUAUAGUCGAUAUCUUUGCUGGGUGUCUUGAUCAAGUGGGAUUGCUUGAGAUGAAGUCUAUGGUCAACUCUACUGGCGGAUUUAUGAUUCUUUCUGAUUCAUUCACGACUGCUAUCUUUAAGCAAAGUUUUCAAAGAGUUUUUAAUAAAGAUGCACAGGGAAAUCUGCAAAUGGCUUACAAUGCGACACUGGACGUUCAGACGACCAGAGAACUCCGUGUAUGUGGUCUGAUCGGUCAUGCCAUAUCAGCAAACAAGAAAAGCCCCUCAGUGGCUGAGACAGAAAUAGGCAUUGCCAACACAUCGGCCUGGAAGACAUGUGGGAUAACUCCGAAAACUACAUCCGCAGUAUAUUUCGAAGUGGUUGCGCAGCAUGGUCAACCUCUCCCCCCUAAUUCUCGUGGAUUAAUUCAAUUUGUGACUCACUACCAACAUUCAUCCGGUCAGUUCCGAUUACGUGUCACUACCGUAGCUCGUAAUUUUGCUGAGGGAAGCUCUCCCCUGAUCGCUCAGUCGUUCGAUCAGGAAGCUGCAGCUGUACUGAUGGCAAGGAUAGCUGUAUUUAAGGCUGAACUCGAGGAUGGGCCUGAUGUAUUAAGAUGGCUAGAUAAAAUGUUGAUCAGGCUAUGUCAAAAGUUUGCGGAUUAUAGAAAGGACGAUCCUACGUCAUUUAGAUUAUCGGAUAAUUUCUCGAUAUAUCCACAGUUUAUGUUCCAUUUGCGAAGAAGUCAGUUCUUACAAGUGUUUAAUAACAGUCCUGAUGAGACUGCUUUCUACCGUCACGUAUUGAACCGUGAAGAUGUAAACAAUUCUCUAAUUAUGAUCCAGCCGACACUAAUGUCAUAUUCCAUGGAUGCUCAACCGACGCCGGUGCUCCUUGACUCAGUCUCAAUUAAACCAGAUGUCAUCCUGUUACUCGAUACAUUCUUCCAUAUUCUUAUCUUCCAUGGUGAGACAGUUGCACAAUGGCGCAAGACUGGAUAUCAAAAUCAACCUGGAUACGAGAACUUUGCCGAAUUGUUGGCUGCUCCUAAAGCGGAUUCAGAAGAACUUUUGGCGGACAGGUUCCCCAUUCCCAGAUACAUUGUGUGCGACCAACACGGGUCACAAGCAAGAUUUCUUCUUUCUAAAUUGAAUCCAUCUACGACACAUAUAUCCGGUGGUUAUAACGUGCAGGGACAAGCUAUCUUUACGGAUGAUGUAAGUUUGCAAGUAUUUAUGGAACACUUGAAGAA